AUGGAGGUCGCGGUUUUACCCCUCCUCGCCACAUGCCUCCAACUUGUUGCCAGAAUCUUCACCACCCUGGAGCAGGUUUACGACUUCUCCCAAGAGUUCAGGAACGUACCUGCAGCCAUCCGAGACCUGGCUCUUGAUGUCCAAGCUGCACAGCGAUGCCUUGUAAGCAUACAAAACAGAGUAGCGGGUACCGGUGUCGCCGGCAACGACGGUAGUCAAGGCAGUCGUGCGCUCGUGAACAACGUCCAGGGAGCGCUGUUCAGCCUGGAGACCGUCAGCACUUUCGCCGUCAAGCACGCCAGCAGCAUCCAGUCCUACCGGUUCCUCCGCCGCCUGACCUACAUGAUACAACAUGCGGAGAUCAUGAAGCACCGGGAUGAGCUCAGGAAUCGCUUGUUCUACCUACGGUUGCUCCAAGACAGCAGGGCCGAAGCAUCGGGUUCUGGCGAGACCAGCAGUCGGCCCUCAUCCGAUCCAGGGCUCGCGCCUCCAGAAGGCGGUGUUAUCAACAACAAUAUGCUCUUCGAGGGGCUCCCACUUCCCCAACGUCCAAGUCCGUCCAGGUACUCCCGCUGGAGUUACAGACGCGCUUCCCGCAUGCUAGUCGAGGCAGCGGGGCGCGGGGACGUGGAAGAGGCCCGAAGACUCAUCGCAGCCGGCGCCGACAUCGAUUAUCAGUCGCGUGGCGCCGAGCCUAAGCUAGAGGGGAAGGCAGCACUGCACGCAGCCGCGGAUAUGGGCCACGGAGCUCUAGUCCGGCUCCUACUUCAAGAAAGCGCAAACCCCAAUCUGCGCAUCACGGGCCCGUCGAACGACACAGCGCUGCAUCUGGCGGCUAACAAAGGCCACCUUGCGGUCAUCCAGCAGCUUUUGGACACCAAUGUCGUUGACGUUGAUGCGAAGGACGCGCAGGGUUUUUCGCCGUUGCAGAGGUGCGAAGACCAAGCCGUCAUGGCUGCGCUUCUGGGGGCUGGAGCGGACCCGAGGCGCAGGCUCGCCAACUCCAAUGGCACGGUGCUGCAUUGGGCGGCCAGCAGGCGCCAGGUCACACUUGUGCGACAGGUUCUGGCCCUGGACGGCACCACCGUUGACGAAGAAGACGCAGAGGGCCUGACACCGCUGCAGAGGUGCACCGACGAGGCUAUCAUGGUCGAGCUCCUAAACGCCGGGGCAGACCCGAAGCGCACCUGGCCCGGAACCAAGGAUACUUUGCUGCACCUCGCGGCCGGCAAGGGCUACUUUGACGUUCUGGGGCUGCUUCUGAGCUCGGACCGUGUCGACCUCGACGCCGAGGACGCUCAGGGCCUGACACCGCUGCUGAGAUCCAAGAGCGAGGCCGUCCUGACCGCGAUCCUCAAGGCCGGCGCGGACCCGAUGCGCCGGUGGCCGGGAUCCGGCAAUACGGUUCUGCACCACGCCGCAGACUCGGGCUGGACGCAGGCCGUCCGUCAGCUCGUGGCAAUGAGGGCAGUUGAUGUGCAGGCGACGAACGCGGGCGGGCUCAUGCCGCUGAAGCUGGCAGUGCGCGCUCACGACAUGGGAGUGUAUGGUCCUCGCACGUUCGGGGAUAUCGUCGAGGCACUAGCCCAGGGUGGGACGUACACAGAUGGCCGAGGAGAAUAG